GCCUCCCCUGACGUCUGCAACAGUUCAGGGGUCCCACGAUUUGAUCGGUGAUGAGGUGGAUGAAGCGCGUUUUGAGAAAGAUGGUCAAGAGGAGGAGGAGGGCGGGGGAGGAGAGAGGAUGGAGAGGGAGUGGGACCCGGAUGCUGAUGCGAGUGAGGCGAAGGAAGGAAGAAGAGAGAGAAGAUAUCGAUUUACGGCAAGAAAACCGAAGGGAGCAUAAUACAAGGGGCCUUUACCCUGCGUGAACUAUAAUCAGAAGUGAGGAGGGGAAUAACGCGGUCGAUAUUUGUGCGAGUCGAUCUGCGGAUAUCUGUGUUUUUCCACCUGUGUAUCCGCCGGUGAGGGAGGAGGACACGCCAAAGGAGAGAGGAGAAGAUGCUGUGAUCCGCUACUUGCAGUGAUGUAGAGAGGGAGAGACGGGCAGAGAGACAGGGAGGGGGAGGACUACGCUGCGCUAAAGAUGGUUUCUUUGCGAGGAAAACGCGUUUUAUCUCGGAAUAUUGUGAGAAUGUGGCGACUGUCUUAUGAAUUUUACCGUUUGGCGAUGCCAAGAAACUUCCGGAGGUGUUGGUUUUUUUGACAGGCGGCGCGAGCGACACGGCCGUUGGUCUAGGCAUUGAAGCUAAAGCUAGCCUCGCUGCUGUGUGGGAGAGUGGCGGCGAGGAUAAAUAGCAUGUUGUUGCAUCUGUAAAAUAGGCCUGCCACUGAGAAUAAAACAGAUUUAAUUUUCACUGCUGACAUGCACUUGACGUGUUUGACAUUUUGUUCGUAGACAUAAACGUCAAAGGACAUAAAUGUUUGCAGUAGAUGCAAAAACGGAUUAAGGCUAUAACGUUAACGUUACUCAGCGUUAGUUUUCUUAUUAACCGUCAUAUAUAAUUAACGUCAUACAUAUAACUAACAAGUGGCAACUCAUACAAAUACACUAAUGUACUGGGGUAAAAUUCAUUUUUGCCUAACAUAUUUUUUCAUGCUUAUCUUUAGGAUAACCGGGGGUAUUUAACGCAUAAAACAUACUAGUAACUUAGUGUGAUCUCAGUUUCUGCUACAAGCUACCACUAGCAAGCUGUAUUGGUCAGUACCGAUGUUAUACAUGUUUACCGUGCUUCAGAACAAAAAGGCAAAAAUAUUUAGCUAUGUUUAUUAAACAGAUGUAGAUGAAGAAUGUUAAUUUAUCAUCUACAUGUUGUAAAUCAGCGUCAUUUGCAUUUUUACACGUUCACCCAGAUAACUUCAGUAGCAGUGUUACCACUGGAAUAAGAAGUCCUAAGCUGAGCACCAUCUUGUAUCCACAAUAACAUCCGCAUACGCUGUAUUAUAUCAGUAACUGCAAUAACCAUAGUAUAGUAGUAGUAGAUAGUAGUGGUAGUAGUGUAUUAGACUCCAGUGAGAGCAGUAUGAGUAAGGAACUGUCUCUGAGUCAGUCAGCUCAAUAUGUUGGGCCCUAUCGACUGGAAAAAACACUGGGGAAAGGACAGACCGGACUGGUCAAGCUGGGGAUCCACUGCAUUACGGGUCAGAAGGUAGCCAUCAAAAUAGUCAACAGAGAGAAGCUGUCUGAGUCAGUCCUGAUGAAGGUUGAGAGGGAGAUCGCCAUUCUAAAACUGAUUGAGCAUCCGCAUGUGUUGAAGUUGCAUGAUGUUUACGAGAAUAACAAAUAUCUAUAUCUGGUGUUGGAGCAUGUGUCAGGAGGAGAGCUCUUUGACUACCUGGUGAAGAAGGGCCGGCUGACCCCAAAAGAGGCCAGGAAGUUCUUCAGGCAGAUCAUCUCUGCUUUGGAUUUCUGCCACAGUCAUUCCAUCUGUCACAGAGACCUGAAGCCUGAGAACUUGCUCCUGGAUGAAAAGAACAACAUCCGUAUCGCUGACUUUGGCAUGGCCUCCCUACAGGUGGGAGACAGUCUGUUAGAGACCAGUUGCGGAUCGCCACAUUAUGCUUGCCCUGAAGUGAUACGGGGGGAGAAAUAUGAUGGGCGGAGAGCAGAUGUGUGGAGCUGUGGGGUCAUACUUUUUGCUCUACUGGUGGGUGCCCUGCCUUUUGACCAUGACAAUUUACGCCAGCUCCUUGAGAAGGUGAAGAGCGGGGUUUUCCACAUGCCUCACUUCAUUCCUCCAGAUUGUCAGUCUCUGCUCAAGGGCAUGAUUGAGGUCAACCCUGAAAAGAGGCUCACGCUGGAGGUCAUCCAGAAGCAUGCCUGGUAUCUGGGUGGACGUAACGAGCCAUGUCCAGAGCAGCCUCCUCCUAGGCGAGUGUGUGUGAGGCGAAUCUUGUCCCUGACCGAGCUGGACCCAGAUGUGUUAGACAGCAUGCACUCGCUAGGCUGCUUCCGAGACCGAGUCAAGCUCACGCGUGACUUGCAAUGUGAAGAAGAAAACCAAGAGAAGAUGAUAUAUUACCUACUGCUGGACAGGAAAGAGCGCUAUCCCAGCUAUGAGGAUGAGGACUUGCCUCCACGCAAUGAUGUAGACCCUCCGCGAAAGCGUGUUGACUCUCCUAUGCUGACGCGACACGGCCGCUGCCGUCCAGAGAGGAAGAGCCUGGAGGUGCUGAGUGUUACUGAACAGGGAUCUCCGACCCCACCUCGCAGGGCCCUGGACACAGCUGCACACAGUCAGAGGUCGCGCUCAGUCAGUGGAGCCUCCACUGGUCUCUCCUCCAGCCCUCUCAGCAGUCCCAGGGUCACUCCCCAGGGCUCUCCGUUGCCCACACCUUUGGGCACCCCCGUCCACCAUCCUCACCACCCUUCCUCCACCCCGCCCUCCUCUUCCUCAUCCUCGUCUUCCUCGCGGGCGGAGGGAGGGGGAGGGGUGGGCUCACUAUCACUGACCCCACCCUCCAGCCCAGGAGGAGGAAGCGGCAUGGCAGCCAGCAGCUCUGCGCACUGGAGGACUCGCCUCAAUUCUUUUAAGAACAACCUGCUGGGCUCACCCCGUUUCCAUCGCCGUAAACUGCAAGUUCCUACAUCAGAAGACAUGUCCAGUCUAACACCAGAAUCCAGCCCUGAGCUGGCUAAGAAGUCAUGGUUUGGGAACUUCAUUGGCUUGGAGAAAGAGGAGCAGAUCUUUUGGUUAUCAGUGGUUAUCAGAGACAAGCCUCUGAGUUCUGUCAAAGCCGACAUUGUUCACGCCUUCCUGUCUAUCCCGUCACUCAGUCACAGCGUCCUCUCUCAGACCAGCUUCCGGGCCGAAUACAAAUCCUCUGGCGGUCCCUCCGUCUUCCAGAAACCCGUCAAGUUCCAGGUGGACAUUGCCUUCUCCGAGGGCGAGAGGGAGCGAGACAGGGAGAGGACCGAGAGAGAGGGCAGGAGGGAGACAGGAAUCUACAGCGUGACAUUCACCCUCAUAUCAGGUCCAAGUCGCAGGUUCAGACGAGUGGUGGAAACGAUUCAAGCCCAGCUUCUCAGCUCCCAUGAUCAACCCAUGGUGCAAGCCCUAUCUGAUCCUUUCCCAGAUGAGAAGAAUGGCCGACCCCAUGGGACCCCCACCCGUCAAAACUCGAGGCGCUCCGAGGGUGGGGGCGACAGGUGCGAGUGGGGCGACCGAGCCGAUGGUGGAGGCAUAGGAGGGAGUGGGGGCGUUCUACAGCGCAGAGGCUCAGCAAAAGAGAGAACCAGACUUCUGUCGUCCAAUGGAACCCAGUCCCAGCCAUAGGAUAGAACGUGACACUACGCAGCAGGAAGCCUGAACUACAGAAGAAGACAGUAUAACUUCAUCUCCAAGUAUCCCUGCAAGCCACGAGCUACUGUUCUUCCUUGACUUAAGUUAUCGAAGGUGGUUGAACAUAGCAAGGAUUAAACCUUUUCCUCAUCAUGCUUUUUCCCCCAACUCGGCGUUCUCUGUCUUUUGGAUCACCAGGAUUCCUGCCCCUAAAUGAGCAAGAAAUGUUAAGAAACCACCCUUUAAUGAAAAAAAUAAUAUGUAAAUGAGCAGUUUGGUAUACAUCAUAGAUACAGCUUCACAGCUCAGACUAGGAAUUUUGAAGUGCUAAUGUGCAUGUCAGUUAGCAAAGCCGCCUGCAAAAGGAUACUGACAUGAUCAGAUAGGCUAGUCCGCCAUAUCAUUGUAAUAUGAUAUCUGACACCAAAAAGAAAUAAUAGUCUUGUGAUGGUUCUCAAGGUUACUCUUAAAAUUAACCAGUGCGCUCAUGUCACUAUUAAACAACGUGCAACUAUCCAAUCUGUACACAGUGAAUUAUAGAUGCAUCUCAGCAGAUGAACCCUAAAGAGUCAGCAACCUGCUGUCGCCACUUCAGCAAGUAGUGAUGAGUUGAACAAAAGCUCUCAGGAGAAACUACAUCUUGGAAUUCCAGUAGUGUCUUCUCCUGAGGUAAACAAAAGCCAAGUAAGCUAAGUAAGUGAAUGUGAAAAAAUAUUUUUUUAUUUAGUUUUCGUUUAUGUUUACGUUUCUUUGCAGGAUGUCCGUAGCACAGUGUUAGCAGUAAACAAAACACUAUGGUGUUGGAAAGGAGGACGCUGACCAGUUUGCAUUGGUUUAAAUGGUUUGAUUCCUUUGUUUUUACUCAGCGACAAUAUGAAACAAUGCAAGUAGGAUUUUUGCAUUGGACCCCUGUUGCUCUGGAGAAAAGUAUUUUUGAUUUGAAGAGAAAUGUGAACACUACUAUAUGAAAAAAACACUAUGCGUGAAUAGUUCCAUGAACCUCGUCAUAGCUGUUUGUGCCCAGACUGAAUGAGAAGAGCAUUCCUGGCCAGUGGAAGCCACCUUUCUCGUCGAGCUUGUCCUCCUAAUGCCAUAGUAUUCAUGUACUGACUCAGAACAAAAUAACCCCCCAAAGUAAAUUCAUUAAUGGACAUUUUCAUAAUGCCGGACUUAAAAGACUUGCAGUAUCAGUUCCUUAUUGAAUGGGAAGCAAGCAAAGAAUCUCCUAACCCAUGCUCCUCACUUCGGCGUACACCAACAAGCCAAGUAGUCUAUCACUGCACCCAUACUCAUCACUGAGAGUUGCACCAUCCUGUAAGCAGACGUAGCAGCUCAGACAGUCACCUGUAGUACUCUGUCAGACCAGUCCAUGUUCAUCAUCAGUCUUCCAUACAGCAUAAUAUGCAACAGAAGUGAAGAAUGUUUUCAGAGACACACAGUGCUUCAGUUCUGUUUGAAGUUUAAUGGUAUUUUUUAUUUUUAUAGGUGUACGCAAUUUUAUUCUUAUUUAUUCAUUUAUUUAUGUAUAUAUUUAUUUAUUUGGCCACGUGGUUGUUUGUGCCAUGUAUUUGUUAAUGCCAACAAAAAUCUGUCAAGAGCUAAUUCAAGAACCCUGUUCUGUUUCACUUCUCAUUAACCACUAUUUUUUGAACAUGUUUUACUACACAAGUCCACUUUGAUAGCAGUACUAAGAAGUUGCUCUCAUUUCCUGUGAUCUUUGUUUGUAUCUCACAUUUCUUUUAUCAUGCUAAUCUCUGGUAACUGGAAUGUGUGUGUGGGAUGGGUGGAUGAUGGCUGACUGAGAGUGAGCUGAAAACUUUGCAUUAGAUGCAUUUUGAGCUGAUUAUAUACAGAGUUUUUGAUUGACCCAGGAAUAUUAAAUUAACUGACAAUUUCUUUCACAUGUUGAAUGCUUUGCUAAUUCAAGUCAUCUCUUGCUUUUAUACCUUGUCCCUUUGACCUGUGUGUCUGCCUCUUCACCUAUUGUGUAGCCAUCAUCACAAGAAAAACUGUACGAAGUUGUUUGCCUCAUUUUCUGUACACACUUUGAUUGCUCACCAUCAUUUAUUUGAUCUUUCUCAUCACCACAUCACCUUCACUUUCAUUGACCCAGCUCUGGCUAAGAUUGUAAACUAUGCUCCAUUCAUAAGGGUCAGUAGAAUAAGGUGUUUAAAAAAAAGAAAUGUCUGUAUCAUAAUUUAAAUAUAAAAGUGCACUAUUAUAACUAUUGCCUGUGAUAAAAAGAACAAAUAUGAUUGAAUUGAUGGUCAAAAUAAAGAGAGAUUCACCUUAUUGUUAUGGUUACAAUAAUAAACCCUAAAUUCA